GGAGGGGUGGUGCGGCGCGCGUCGUUCAGUUUGGAAGCGGUCAACAGCCCGCGAGGCUCCUGCAAGCUGGCGCCGCUCAUGGCCACACUGCAUGACCGACUCAAAGCGGUGCAGGCCGAGCAGAUGGCCAACUGCCGGGCCGCCUCCCGCAUGCAGGACCUGGAGAGCAUUCGGAUACUGGAACAGAUCGGCCGCGGUGGCUACGGUGUGGUGUACCGGGGGCUCUUCCACGGAUCCGAGGUGGCGAUAAAGCUCAUACAGGAGGCCGAGGUGGCGGCCGUGGGCGCCUCGGGUGCCUCGGGUGCUGGCGACAAGGGCGACGGCCCGCUGCGGCGCAUGAACAGCGUGGCGCUGCAGACCAAGCACCUGCAUGACGCCAUUGAGCUGGUGGCCAGUGUGGGCAUGGGGGGACACCCCAACAUCGUGCAGGUCCUCACCUUCUUCACUGACGCCCGGGUACUGCUGGGCGAGGAGCCGGUGGACCCCCUCACGCGGCGGCUGUCAGGGCUAGACGGAGUGGCGGAGUGCAUGCGCCUCACUCGCAUGCCCUCGGCGCUGCCGGCGGAGGGAGAGGAGGGGGAGGGCGAGGGGGGCAGGGGAGGCGGGGGUGGGGGGGAGGUGGAGGGGGAGGAUGGCUGGCUGGAGGAGGAGCAGCCGGAGGCGGGGAGGCAGAAGCGAGGCGGUUCCAAUCCGGGUGCUGCUGCUGCUGCUGCUGGCGUUAUCGUGCUGGUGCAGGAGUUUUGCGACGCGGGCACGUUGAAGACCGCCAUCAACAACCGAGCCUUCUACGAUCGGGGCACGCAUGCGGCUGGGGACAGUGGAGCCGCCCGCGGGGGUCCGCUGCAGCUCAACAUGCGGGCCGUCUACUCCACGCUGCUUGAGAUCGCUCUGGCGCUGCGCCACAUGCACUCGCUGCACCUGGUGCAUUGCGACCUCAAGCCGCAGAACGUGCUGCUCAAGUCCAGUCCCAGGGACCCGCGCGGCUUCACCGCCAAGCUGAGCGACUUUGGCCUAGCCAAGAUGAUGGCGGCGGACGAGGAGGGGCAGCUGGUGAUUGACGAGGCAGUGGGGAGCGGCACACUGACCCACAUGGCUCCGGAGAGCCUAGCAGGCCAGCGCCAGUUGACUGCCCGCAUCGACAUGUUCGCAUUCGGCAUCCUGAUGUGGCAGAUGCUGUGCGGCACGCGGCUGUACCAGGGCCUCACCACGCGGCAGAUCAUCCGGGGGGUGGUGCGCGAGAACCUGCGGCCCGCCUUCCCCGCUUGGGUGCCGCAGGAGUACAGGCGGCUGGCAGAGCGCUGCUGGCACGCCUGCCCCGCGGACCGCCCCUCCGCCUCCCUGGUGGUGUCGGAGCUGGAGGGCAUGGUGGACGCGCUGGUGCGCUCGUCCUCCGCCUCCUCCUCCGCUUGGAGGAACUGG